AUGUCCGAGGUCGCCUCCGCAUCCGAGGAUAUCCUCAAGCUCUUACAACCCUACAUUGACCACUACGGAUUACUGGACGACUCCACCAUUACCAUUGGAAACCUCCGCAAUGCCAUCCAUCCAGUGUUUCAGCGCAGCAAUUUUGACACCUCAAAGGACACUUACGAUACCCUAAAGCCAGCUCUGCGUCUAGCCUCGCAGUUUUUACAAAACGAUGCACUGCUCGAGUGGUGGGUGCAGGCAGGCCUAGGCCAGGAGGUGAGCGAUCCGACAACCGGACAGGUCUACCUGAACCCCCCACCCAAGGCUGACGACCCCAAAGACAACCUCCGCACCACUAUGAUGGCCUUAGCGGAGAUGCGAUAUCACGUUCGUUUCUCAUUCGACCCGCUAACUGAUGUAUUUGGACACACAACCAUAGACCGGACACGGCCAUCCCGUCCCAAGAAGAAUAAGAUUUUCAAUGCUGACUUCAAGGCAGCCACCCAGAUCGGGCUAAGCGACCUCUUCGAAUGGUGGGCCAGCCUGUAUUACACCUCCGAUAGCACUACUGAAUGCCAGCGUCUGCGCUUCAAUUUCUUCUUCGCCGUCAAUAUCGUCCACGAGCUGGCACAUGCCUUCGGCGUGAUGCGCCGUGGCGGCGGUAACGCAGAGCCCUGCCACAGCCGCAUCGACAUGCUGUCCAGCACCGGCGCCGAGAUGGGCUGGUCAUGGGAAGUAUGGACGUUCGGCGGACAGAUCGCUCCGCACGACGACUUCGCUGCGCCGACGGCCAUGCUGGUAACUGCGAUCCCACUCCCACGGGAGGUAGCCGCGAGAGGUGAUCGCAAAAUUUGUCCGGUGCCUAUGUGGUGGAUCGGUCAAUGGUUUCAAACCUCAACUUGGCAGGGGAUUGAACAGCACGGGAGAAAGGCGCUGCCGAGACCGCCUCGUGACUUGCCUAUCCAGCUGGAUGAUCACGCAGAGUGGCAACUGGUUAAAGCGAAGAAACGCAAGCGCGAUAGCGAUGUUGAAGUCACUCAAUCUAUAUCCAGGCCUUUGAAGCGUCGGCUGUGGCGCUCCAACACCUGGGCCCCCGAGACAUCCCUCUCGCCACUGCUGACAUACUAA